AUGGGAUUUACACCGGGACUCUUUCUUGGUGUUAGACCGUCGAAAACGCUUGUGUUUCUGCCUUUUUUGUUGACAUUAUUGCUCGUUGGAAGCCAAGGCGAUAAUAAUGCGAUGGAUAACGUCUCAACCGAGAGGCUGGCUGAGGAAAGCCACCGACAAGACAGUGCCAAUCUACUUAUAUUCAUAAUGCUCUUAACACUCACCAUCUUAACGAUAUGGCUGUUCAAACACCGGCGAUUCAGGUUCCUGCACGAAACAGGACUGGCCAUGAUCUAUGGCGUGUUGGUGGGUGUGAUCCUGCGUUUUGGAGUCCAUGUCCCCGCGAGCAUGAGUGAUGUGAUCCUCAACUGCGCCGUCAACGCCAGUCCCUCUACACUUCUGGUCAACGUCAGUGGGCGAUUCUACGAGUACACGCUAAAGGGGGAAGUCAGCCGGGGCAAAGGUCACCAAGUACAGGACGACGAGAUGCUGAGAAAGGUGACCUUUGACCCAGAAGUGUUUUUCAACAUUUUGCUGCCUCCCAUUAUCUUCCAUGCUGGUUACAGUCUCAAAAGGAGACAUUUCUUUAGAAACAUCGGCUCCAUCCUGGCCUAUGCUUUCAUCGGAACAGUUAUCUCCUGCUUUGUUAUUGGGCUGAUCAUGUAUGGCAUUGUGUCCUUCAUGAAAGUUGUGGGCCAGCUUGGAGGAGAUUUUUUCUUUACCGACUGCCUCCUGUUUGGGGCCAUCGUUUCAGCAACAGACCCAGUGACAGUGCUGGCUAUCUUCAAUGAGCUAAAAGUAGAUGUGGACCUGUAUGCUUUACUCUUUGGGGAGAGUGUCCUCAAUGAUGCUGUGGCCAUCGUCCUCUCUUCCUCUAUUGUGGCGUAUCAGCCUGCAGGAGACAACAACCACAGCUUUGAGGCCAUGGCCAUGUUAAAAUCCUUCGGCGUCUUCCUGGGAAUCUUUAGCGGAUCCUUUGCUCUUGGGGUGGCCACCGGAUUCAUGACCGCUCUCGUGACCAAGUUCACUAAGCUGCGGGACUUCCCCUUGCUGGAGACGGCGCUCUUCUUCCUCAUGUCCUGGAGCACCUUCCUAUUGGCUGAGGCCUGCGGGUUCACAGGCGUAGUGGCUGUGCUGUUCUGUGGGAUCACUCAGGCUCACUACACCUUCAACAAUCUCUCCCCCGACUCUCAGGACAGGACCAAACAGUUGUUUGAGCUGCUGAACUUCCUGGCAGAGAACUUCAUCUUCUCCUACAUGGGCCUGACUCUCUUCUCCUUCCAGUCACACAUCUUUAACCCUAUGUUCAUCAUCGGAGCCUUUUUUGCUGUGUUUUUGGGCAGGGCGGCAAACAUCUACCCUUUGUCCUUCCUGCUCAACCUGGGCCGCAAGAACAAGAUUAAAUCCAACUUCCAGCAUGUCAUGAUGUUUGCAGGUCUGCGUGGGGCAAUGACCUUUGCUCUUUCAAUCCGAGACACAGCGACUUACGCCCGCCAGAUGAUGUUUUCUACCACCCUGCUGAUUGUCUUCUUCACUGUGUGGAUCUGUGGGGGGGGCACCACGCCCAUGCUGUCCCUCAUGAGCAUACCGGUGGGUGUGGACUCUGAUCAAGAGAACUCUAGCUCAGCGGUGUUGGAUGGGACACAACGGAGCACUAAACAUGAGAGUGCCUGGCCCUUCAGGAUCUGGUAUAACUUCGACCACAACUACCUAAAGCCCCUCCUGACCCACAGCGGCCCCCCCCUCUCUUCCACUCUGCCUGCUUGUUGUGGACCGCUGGCCCGAUGCCUCACCAGCCCGCAGGCCUAUGAGAACGAGUACCGGCUCCACGAGGAUGACUCGGACUUCAUCCUGAACGACUCCAGUGUCAGCUCCAUUUACGCCGACGUCACCGUCAGCACGGACGCUUCUGGGUCCCGCACCACCAGCAGGGGGGGGCGGCGGGCUGAGGGUCUGGAGCACGAGCUGGGCUCAGCGGAACAUGAAGUGGCGAUCAGGGGCACCCGCCUGGUCCUGCCCAUGGACGACCCAGUGGAGCCCCCGACCACCUUCACCCUGCCCCCACCGCCUUCACCGCCACGCUCCGAGCCUCGCAGGCAUAGACUGUAA